AUGUUGAAGCUACUAGUUUUACUAGCGGCUUUUACAUUAAUCCAUGCUUCAAGACACUAUUCCCCUAUUAUAGCCGCUUUGGGAUUUUCGUUAAUUGGGUUCACCGUGACAGAUUGGAUGAUUCCACGUGUCAGCUCCGCGUUUGUGAAGAUAGGUUGCUUUGGUAAAGACUUAAGCAAACCGGGCAAGCCUGUAAUCCCAGAGACUAUUGGUGCAAUUUCUGCCACGGUAUAUCUCUUCAUUAUGUUCUUCUACAUUCCCUUUUUAUUUUACAAAUAUCUUGUGGUGCUGACAUCUGGUGGAGGACAGCGUGACGUGUCAGUUAUGGAAACAGCCAAUGAUCACCUUUUUCCCCAUGGAAAGCUUUCCGAAUAUUUGAGUGCAGUACUAUGUCUUGAGAGCACGGUUCUUCUUGGAAUUGCUGAUGAUCUUUUCGAUUUGAGAUGGCGGCACAAGUUUUUCCUACCCGCCGUUGCUGCCAUACCUCUGCUAGUGGUAUACUACGUUGAUUUUGGUGUAACGUAUGUUUUGAUUCCAGAGUUUAUUCGUAAAUUAUGUGGCACGAGCAAAACUACAGUCGAUUUGGGUGCAUUGUAUUAUAUUUACAUGGCAGCGAUGGCUAUUUUCUGCCCCAACUCAAUCAAUAUCUUGGCUGGUGUCAAUGGUCUGGAAGUUGGCCAAAGCAUUAUUCUCAGUGCCAUCUUCCUUAUCAAUGACUUUAUUUAUUUAUUAAUAGGGACUGAGGCUUCCAAGGAAUCCCACUUGUUCUCGGCAAUUUUAAUCAUACCAUUUUUGGGUGUCUCUUUAGGUCUUUGGAAGUGGAACCGUUGGCCAGCCAAAGUGUUUGUUGGAGAUACUUACUGCUAUUUUGCAGGUAUGGUGUUCUCGGUGGUGGGUAUCUUGGGCCACUUUUCCAAGACAACUUUACUAUUCUUCCUUCCUCAGAUAUUCAAUUUCGCUUACUCAUGCCCGCAGCUAUUUAAGCUGGUACCAUGCCCUAGGCACCGGAUGCCACGGUUCAAUGAACCUGACGGCCUGAUGUAUCCCUCACGUGCCAAUUUGGUAGAGGAUCCACCAAAAGGCAUUAUGAUACCAAUUCUGAAAGUAUUAUACAAGAUCAAACUUAUUGAUUUAGACCUCGAUGAAAAGACUGGUGCUAUAAAGAAUUGCUCGAAUAUGACGCUCAUUAACCUUGUCCUCGUGUGGUUUGGGCCUAUGAGAGAAGACAAGCUUUGCCGGACGAUCUUGACCCUGCAAUUUGUCGUCGGGCUGCUAGCUGUUGUAGCUAGACACAUGAUAGGCUCUUUAGUUUUUGGGCAUGACAAUUUGCACUUUUUAUGA